GUAGUUAACUAUUGUGCACAAAUUCUUCUCAGUAUAAUAUUUAGUCUCAAUUUGGUUUUUGGUUGUAGAAAAAUUUAUGAUGAUAUUUCGUACACUUAUAUUAUCAGUACAGAUACUUCUAGUAUUAAAUAAAAAACCAGAAAUGGCAUUAAAAAUAUCUAAACAAAUUGAUCACGAAAAAUGUGUACAACAAUUUUACGACAUAUAUUUCAAAAGUAAACAUUCUUAUGAAGUUCGCUACUACUCUACGAUAACAGCCUUCGAUGACAGUAUAUGUCUUAUACUUAAACAAUUCAGUAAAUAUUAUUUAUCGGUAUUUCCUACUGAGAAAAAACUAAAUGAUUUAUGUAAACGAUUAGAAACCAAUCCAAGCAAGGUAUAUGAUUUACGAAUACGAAAUGACUAUGUGGUAAAUAUAUGUUUACAUAUUGUACGAUGUAUUGAUUAUUUGUACGUUAGCGCAUUAUACAGAAAUAAAAAACUGUUCAAUAUGUACAAAUCGCAUAGCUUGCUAUGUAGAACAAUACAACAAUUUUUCAAAGAACAUUGUAAACAAUCGAAAGUCUCCGAUGACGAAAUAACUAUCAGUUGCAAUAUUCAAAAGUUACAUAUUGUGUUAGGAGAAAUUAUGUAUUUUGAAAAAAUUACAGAUGAAGAAUCCCUUAAGUACCAAGAAAACACAGGAUACCAAAGUAAUGCUACAAAAUUUGUAAAAUUAGAAUUCGAACUCAUGAGUGAUAUUGAUUGGACGGAAACAUUUUUUAACGAUAGUGCCCGUUACAAUAUUUUUAAACAAACGCCAACACAGAAAGUAGAACGACUUAAUCAUCAAACACUAUGCGAUAAAAUAAAUUUAGAAAAAUCAUUAAAAAAACAUAGUCACAAGUAUUCUAAAAGCAUUGAAACAAAUAAAUGUGCACCACUGUUGUUAACUAAGUUUAGAUCAACAUCUGACGAGGUAAAAAAUUUAAUAAUCUAUUCCCUCCAAAGGCUUGAAGAGUAUUUUAUAUUUAUGCUUCAAAGCUCUAAUAAAACCAUGUACCAAUUAAACAAGGACCAAAUGGAUCAAAAUGUGUUAAGUCCCUUUAAAAAAUUAUGCGGUGAUGUACCGGAAGUACUUCUGUAUAUACAUGAACAUCAAACCAAUGACCCGAUUGACUUAACUUUGUUUAAUCUGUUUUUAUCACUUUGCGGAAAUAACAUGGAUUUUAUCGAUCUCCGGUGUCCCGCAAAAUACGGAGGUGAAUUUGAUAGCAUAUUAUUAUAUCAAGAAAAAUGUAUUAUGGAAGCGAUAAGAGUUAAAUUACUUUGGAAUUUUUAUGUUCGAAAUGAAACAAUUUUAGAAAUAGAUGAGUUUACGACAAAUUCAGAAAUUAAUACUCAAUGUUCCGAAUUAAAUUACAAAUAUAUUAAGGAUAUUUCUACAACCAUUACUGAGUUCUACACUAAAAAAGGAAACGAAGUCAUAAUAUGGACCACUUAUGAUUGGUUAAGUUUAAAAUAUUUACUCACCGAAGUAUACGAAGAUAAUAUCGACAUUAACGGGAUAAAAUUCAAUAAGAUGGACAUAGAGAAUGUACAAUUUACAUUUUCGGAGAUUUACUAUUAUUUUUUACCUUUGAAUGCAAAUAUAACUAAAUUUUUAUUUUUUCAAAAUAUAAUUUUAUGUAAUUAUCUGGACGAAAUAAUGAAUAUGUACGUUUACCGACAUGCAAUAACGAUUGUUGUUUACUUUGAGAAUCGCGUAUAUGACAAGAAAAACGAAAUAAAAAUAUCAAGCUUGAGGAACUCUCUUAUGUGGUAUGAAAAAAGCCGAUAUAAAUUCUUUUUAAGUCUAACUCUUAAAUGUGAAACUAAGGACAGUGUAUUAAAAAUAAUAACAGCUAUUAAUAAAUUUAAAAAGAAUAGUGAUUAUUUAGAAAUUCGUAACAACAUACCAAGUCCUGCAUACGUAGAACUAUUUAAUGCAAUCAAAAGUAAAGUAUUUUCUUCAGAUAAGAAUGAAAGUUUUUACCGCACUUUGAAAGAAAAUUGUUUGAUAGCUAUUGAUUUUGUAAGCAAAUUUGUUGAUAUCGUACGUAAAUCGAUUAAAGUAAUAAACCCAUCUAAUUCACAUUAUGAUUCAAACAUUGACGAACUACCGUGUCAUGAUUUAACGUAUUCCCCUAAAUGAGAUUCUCGGUGGCCAUGUUAUUAACAAUACUAAAACUAAGAAAUUUUUUUAUUUAAAAAAUUCACAAAAGUCCGUAUAAUAGUUCUGAGAUAAUUAGUUCAAUUUAAUGUACAUAGUAUGAUAUAUUAGUUUGAAGACAACUGGGCUGCUAAAUCAAAUAGUCUACUGCCGAAAUCUCGUUUUUUCCGCAUAAAUGUCUACAAUAGUGAUGAUAACUAAGAGAGUGUCUAUUUAUUUUUAUAUUUAUAUACAUUUUUGUAUUGUCAUUAAUUUAUAGGUUUACGUUUUAAAAAGUCUAUUGCCAUUUAAUGGCCUGAAGUCUCUAUAAUAAACUAAUUGUUUUGUUGGCUAUAACUAGCACGAGGCUCGUUUAAAUCAUAUUCUUCAUAAAUUUUCUUUACGGUAACCUUAAUUAAUGUGAUAAUAACCUGUUUUAUUAAAUAAUAAUAUCCAAUCUGCUCUCAAUCACCUAGGUUUAAAAUAGUAUAUUAUUUAAGAGGAUAAGAG